GAGCGCAGUGUUUGGCUGCAGGUCGCCCGGAGAGGGACGCGCACAGCGGCUGAGGAACACAACACUAGACCCCUGUCUCUCACUAGUCUGGCUCUGUCCUCGUCUCCACCUUGCUUUGUCACCAACUUGAGGAAUACAAACAUCAUCCAAGAAUCAGUUUGAAAAGGACAGACGGCCCCUUCCGCCCCGUCCCCACACCCCAGUGAUGCUUAGCUGCCGUAUCCCAGAGGCCCACCUUGGCAGUUAGAGGAGAGGUCAUCACCAUGACAGCGUCCUCACAGGACUCCACGCCCUCGUCUGUGGCUGGCCACCUCCUCCUCCUUCUCCUCCUCCUCCUCCCGACUGUUUUCACUCAGAACUCAGUCCCGACAACCCCGCCAUUGUUUGACCCGCUGACCCAACCAGAGUGCACAAAGAAAGAACAUCCAAAGGUUUCCAUCCAAGCGCUCAGUCCGUGGAUAUCUACUUUCUCCCACCCGGGUGUGCAAGACUACUCCCAGCUCACCCUUGACCUGACCAGGAAUGAGCUUAUUGUGGGUGCCAGAAACUACCUGUUCCGACUGGACCUCAGCAACAUGUCGCUGGUACAGGCAACAGAAUGGGCACCGGACGAGGAAACCAGGAGAUCCUGUCAGAGCAAAGGCAAAACAGAGAUUGAAUGUCAGAACUACAUCAGAGUCCUGCUGGUGAACAAGACCGAAGUCAUGACCUGUGGAACCAAUGCUUUCCAGCCCCUGUGUAUCACCAGAGAGGUGGGCAACAUGAGCAGCGUGCUGGAGCGGGUCAACGGUGUGGCGCGCUGUCCGUACGAUCCUCGUCACAACUCCACAGCGGUGGUGACGGAGAGCGGAGAGCUGUAUGCCGCCACCGUCAUUGACUUCUCCGGCCGGGACCCUGUCAUAUACCGCAGCCUGGGUGGAAUGCCUCCUCUCCGGACGGCCCAGUAUAACUCAAAAUGGCUCAAUGAGCCGCACUUUAUCUCGGCGUAUGACAUCGGCCUCUUCACUUUCUUCUUCCUGAGGGAGAACGCAGUGGAGCACGACUGUGGGAAAACGGUCUAUUCCCGUGUAGCGCGAGUCUGCAAGAACGACAUCGGCGGGCGAUUCCUCCUGGAGGACACGUGGACCACGUUCAUGAAGGCGAGGCUCAACUGCUCACGCUCCGGGGAGAUCCCCUUCUACUACAACGAGCUGCAGAGCACCUUCUACCUGCCAGAGCAAGACCUCAUCUACGGCAUCUUCACCACCAACGUCAACAGCAUUGCAGCAUCCGCAGUGUGCGCCUUCAAUCUGAGCGCCAUAACCCAGGCAUUCAACGGACCCUUCCGCUCCCAGGAAAACCCUCGCUCCACCUGGCUCCCCACGCCAAACCCCAUCCACAACUUCCAGUGUGGGACCAUAGAUGAUGAGGGUCCAAACGAGGGUUUGACUGAGCGCAGCCUGCAGGACGCCCAGAGGCUCUACUUGAUGAACGACGUGGUCCAGCCGGAGUCCGUUGAUCCGCUGGUGAUGCAGGAUGACGUUCGCUUCUCCAACCUGGUGGUGGACAUCGUUCAGGGCAUGGACACGCUCUACCAUGUUAUAUACAUCAGCACAGAAUACGGCACCAUCCUGAAGGCGCUGGCCACGCCCAACAAGAACCUGCAAGGCUGUUACCUGGAGGAGAUGGAGCUCCUCCCGCCAGGGGUACGAGAACCAAUCCUGAGCCUGCAGAUCCUGCACAGUGACAGGUCGCUCUUUGUCGGAUUAAACAACCGAGUCCUGAAGAUCCCACUGGAGAGGUGCUCCACCUACAAAACUGAGAUGCUGUGCUUGGAGGCGAGGGAUCCCUACUGUGGCUGGGACUUCAGGCAGCGGAGAUGCACCACGCUGGAGGACAGCUCCAACAUGAGCCAGUGGAAGCAGAACAUCACCGUGUGUCCGCUGCGGAUUCAAACCACCAAUGGUGGCUUUGGACCCUGGGCGCCGUGGCAACCCUGCAACAACGACGAUGGCGUGGACGGAGUCAGUUCCUGUUUGUGUCGCUCCAGGUCCUGUGACAGCCCCGCCCCUCGAUGUGGAGGCAAAAACUGUGAGGGCCCCACCAUCGAAGUCGCCAACUGCUCGAGAAAUGGAGGCUGGACGCCCUGGUCGUCAUGGGGACAGUGCAGCACAACCUGUGGUACAGGCUUCGAGCUGCGGCAGCGUUCAUGCAACAACCCUUCACCGCGACACGGCGGCCGUGUGUGUGUGGGGCCGAGCAGGGACGAGAGGUUCUGUAAUGAAGGGGUGUCCUGUCCUCAGCCCAUCUUCUGGUCGCCAUGGGGAUCCUGGACCAAGUGCAGCACCGAGUGUGGGGGAGGUGUCCAUUCCAGGGUCCGCACUUGUGAGAAUGGCAACAGCUGCCCAGGAUGUGCACUGGAAUACAAGGCCUGUAACCUGGAGGCGUGUCCAGAGGUGAAGAGGAACACACCCUGGACGCCCUGGAUGCCCGUCAACGUAACCCAGGGCGGAGCUCGUCAGGAGCAGAGGAUGCGCUACAUGUGCCGAGCUCACCUGUCCGAUCCUCACGAGCUGCAGAUCGGACGCAGGAAGGUGGAGACGCGAUUCUGUCCCAACGACGGAACGGCGGCCUGUGAGACGGACACCCUCGUCGAGGAGCUUCUGAAGAUCCCUGUGGUGAGGGUGGCAGGUGCCGGCUGGUCCUCCUGGGAGUCCUGGUCGAGCUGCUCGCAGAGUUGUUCCAAAGGCUACCGCACCCGUCGGCGAUCCUGUGCCGGACCAGAGGGGAAAAGCGCCCCUGUUGCGUGUCGGGGCUCACCUGUGGAGUACCAGGACUGUAAUGUCCAGGCGUGUCCUGUGAAAGGUGCGUGGUCCUGCUGGUCGUCCUGGUCUCUGUGCUCAGUGGGUUGCGGCGGCGGUCACUACCAACGCACACGCUCCUGCAACAGCCCCUUGCCCGCCAACGGAGGGGACAUCUGCAUCGGACUACACACCGAAGAGGCCCUCUGCAACACACACACCUGCGAUGGUGGCUGGAUGGCCUGGUCGCUGUGGUCGGCGUGUGAUGAUUCAGGCUUGCAGAUGAGGAAUCGGGUGUGUGGCGCUCAGGGCAACACUCCAUGUGUGGGGAACAGCACGCAGCGCAGAGACUGCAAUGAAAUACCUGUCAUUCUCCCUGCAUCUGGUUUUGAUAAGGACCAACACUGCGGAGCAUUCACCUCCAUCCACCUCAUCGCCACGGGCGUGUCCUGUUUCCUCGGGGCGGGGCUUCUGUCCUUCUUGAUCUACGUCUACUGUCAGCGUUUCCAUAAGCCCUCGCAGGAGUCCGCCGUCAUCCACCCUACCACCCCCAACCACCUCAACUACAAGGGCAACACCACGCCAAAGAAUGAGAAGUACACGCCCAUGGAGUUCAAGACACUGAAUAAAAACAACCUUCUGCCAGAUGAACGAUCCAACUUCUACCCGACGCCACUGCAGCAGACGAACGUCUACACCACCACCUACUACCCCUCGACGCUCGGCAAGUUCGACUACCAGCCCAAUGCUUCCCCUUCGCCGUGCAGAACCUACAACCACAGCAACAACAGCUGAGACACGCCCCACAACCACCUUUCCAACCCCCCCCCUCCCCCUCCCCCCUCUGCCGCAGACCCAAAACGGACACCGCCCAACCUCCAUGGUGACAUAACUGAACCGACCUGAACUGAAAUGUUUCUCAGAGCCGGGUUCCUCUGUUCACCAUCGCCCCUGCUCCUCGCUGUCUCUUCUGCAUGGCAGGGUUUGUGUUUUCAAGGGCGUUUCUGGAACCUUCCAUCAGGAGAUGUGGGCUCGGACAACAAUGCAGCCAGCUCGGUGUGUGUUAUCUCAACGGCCUGACUCUACAUAGCAGUGUCAACCCAGAGCAUCGUCUUCAUGAGAGGAUCCAGUGGAAAAGCCUAGCAGGGCGACUUUCGGCUUUAUUCAGAUUAUUAUGAACAAAGGGCACAUCAGCACAGGUGCUGAGUCGAGCGUUCACGAUUACAGAAAAGAAAAGAGCAGAAAAGCAAAAAAAAAAAAAAAAAAAAAAUUCCAUUUCCCUGGAUCUGGGUCACCGUUUUUCUCCUCUCCGUUUCAAACCACAUUCUCAGCCUGUAAUGAACUUUGAGUCCCUCGACAACAAAAGCAGUUACUGAGAAUAAACAGCGCAUAUCGUAAUGUCCUUGCCACACAGCGAGGAGCGGGAGAACAACAAUGAAGUCGAUGAUGAAAUAAAUUAGAGAUCAAUAUCAGCCCGGUUGUGCGGAGGGGGAUAUGCACGCCCUCCAUUGUUGCUAUUUCCUGUGACAGAAAAGAUAAGAACUUCUGAGUGAAGUUUUAGGACGGCUGCUUGAAGGAGUCACCAGUUGGAAAUAAUCUUUUAAAUCUGCUCAUGAUCGGAGCCUUUCGAGGACCAAGGACAUUAUGAAGGGGGGGUUAUGAACAUGCCUGUACGCAACAGAGGGCAGGGGCGACAUCUGUUUUCUUUCCAACACUUAUGCUUUUUCUCCCAAGAACAAUAAAGACUUGUGAAAGAGAAAUGAUUGAUUCUCCAAUCGAUGCAUCGAUUCUACUGAGUGCUAAAUAGCUCGGUGGUCAUAUCAAAUAUGACCAGUGCGCUGAACAACUGGACUGGGUUUUUUUAUUAUGGUAGAAUAAGCUAGUAGACUGGCACUUGUUCUUUUUUUUAAUGUUUGUUUUUUAAGAUAAUUGUUUUAUGCUCAAAUGAGCCGUAGCAUAGGAGGAAAUAUUUUGUUAAAAUAAGAUAUAGCUGAUUAAUUGUUGUUUCUCUAAUUUCACUUCACUGAAUGAAAACAUUCUUUUUUCAUUUCUUGGUUUUUCAGCAGCUCUGUAACCAUCACAUCUUCAGUUCCUGAAACACAAAGAAAAUAAAAAUUACUGAUUUUUACAAGAAAAUUAAUGAUUGUUACAAAACAUCUAUUUGUACGAUGGAGUAUAAUUGGUCACGUUAGAGAAUAAAAGAUUCGGAGAUUUCAAGAAUUAAGAUGUAAUAUUAGGAGAAUAAAGUCUCACAAAUUAUGUAAUACUUAAUGGUUACGGGGACUUUUACUGUUGCUGCAAAAUUGCAACUCAAUUCUCGUUUCUCACAUUUACUUAAUUCUCAUAAAAUGACUAUUUCAUUCUUGUUAAAUUAAAACCUGUUUAAAAAAACUCAUAAAAUUACUUUAUUCUUAUAAAAAUAAAUAUUUUCUUUUGAAUUUUUCUUGUAAAUGUACAGCUUUUUUCUCGCAAUAUUAAAACGUCAUUCUUGAACUCUCCAACAUGUUUUUUCUUUGACAUGGCCAAAGUAUUCUCACUUAAAAUAGAAAGAAAAAAAAGAUGCUUGCGUAGAAGUUUGCCUGAAGAUCAAAACGAGUGCACGUGUGUGUCGAUGUGCGUCCAUGCAGACACAUGUACUCUCUGCGUGUCCGUAUGCCUGAAUGAGGAAACUGUAUUUUGUACAAUGUAAAUGCUUUCAUACACAUGAUUAUAUAUGAGGAGGUCUGUAACGGCAUUUCUUUUUCCACAUCCUGUCGCUGACACUCCAGGCGUUCUCCUGGUUUUUCUACACUUCACGUACCAGAUGUUAAUCGUCGUAAGUUAAAGCGUCGCUCCUCUGGUUCCUGCUGGAGGUUGAGUGGACUCUAUUUAUAGUUAAUGCUCUGUUUAUAAAGGGCAUUUUCACAGCUAUAUUUUAUUAUUAUUGCCUGAUCGAUGAAUGCUAACCCAGAAAAUGCUUCUCACUUCUGCUACUGUACAUGCACGAAACGAGAGCUCUAUCUGUAUAUAUGAGCGACAGCCUUCUGCAGCCCAUCUAAUGACCAUGAAGAGGACCAUGUAAAUGUAUCUGUAUAUUGUAUAGCUAACACUGUUUGUUUAAGAAAAGCCUUAUAGUUGUUUAAAAAAAAGUGCAGCAGCUAAGUACACACAACCAUGAGGUUUGUUUGGGGACAGAGUUCCGCGAUGUGACCGACUGCCUUCGGCUUUCGACCUUUCCCAGCUGCUCAAACAUCAAAUUUCCACGUGAGCCCAGGCUGAGAAGAACUCGGCGUAGCACUGAACAUGAAAUGUGGACACAGUGUGGAUAUCCAGAGGAAGUAUUUUUGAUCCAAACUUUGCCUCUAUUGGCCCGGUGCGAAAGCCAGUCAUCUGAUUGGUCAGUAUUGAACUCUGCCCCCUGUGAUGUGAGGCUCUGUGCCCUUCUAUGCAACUUACCAGGUGUACUGUUAGACCUGUCAUGUAGACUGUAAUCACUGCCUUUUAGACACUGUGAAUUUUUUGGUACCCUAUAUUUUUGUAUAUUGUACAUUAUAAAGGAUAAUAAACCUUGAUGCC